AGUAUCAUGACGACGAAUCCGGAUAAAUAUCACUAUACUUCAGAAAGCUGGAUGGUUGAUUCAGCAUAAGCAUCGAUUCAUCUAAAGAUAACAUAUUUUCAUCAUAAACGCUCUAAGGAAUCACAAAAAUAAUAUAAUUUAUGAUUUGGAUGUUUGUAAUGUUGCGUUCUGAAAAGCUAUGAUGAUUCCGAAGUUCUAGGAGGUUUAAUGCAACGAUUUCGUCGCAUAAUUGUCAACUUUUGGUGUAUUUUUAGUAUACAUCAACCAUAACCAGAUGUUUAACUUGUCAAAUUAUCCUUUUCCGGAUGAGUUAGUAUUUCGACAAUUCAUAUUUGCUGAAGCUUAAUCCGGCUCACAUUGAACGUAAAGAAUGAAAAUUUUGAGGAAUUUCUCGGUAGACUAAAGUGACUAUAAAUUUUGAAUCGUGCUCUCUUGUGACACCAACUUCAUUUAAGACUCUCCAACGAGAAGAAUUAGCAAGAAGAACGGAAAAUGGCGGCAAUAACAAACAUUCAGUAUCCAUCUGCCCAGUUCAGCACCCAAAUCUUGGGAAGUUACAAUAACUUCUUGUUUGGUGGUACAGGAGGCGACAGAGAGCAGGCACACAAAAAGACCCUCCGGCUGACUCUACCGACGAUCGAAUAUGGUGAUACCUAUAAUAGAUAUAGCUUCAGGAGUAACGGAUCGGAAUUUCAAGGAACGCCUCGCAAGAUUUCCAACCAGCAUUUCAACUCAUUUUGCAGUGAAAACAUCCAAGCGCCGUUCGGCAACCAAGAUCCUCCGAAAACGGCCGAAACGAUUGGAAAGAUCUCGGAAAAUGUCCCCAUAUCGCUGCCACCUUGUAGCCAGGCAACGUCGCAAACGAAAGGCUCUACUGCCCAUAUGAUAUACAAGCAAUACAGGCAAUUGUUUGCAAGCAGAGGUGGGUCGGAAAAUACCGAGGACAGAUACGUCCAUGCCACGAAAAACAGCCGAAAGUUGCCGGACUUUCCCGGAGUCAGGGCGAGUCCUGCGCCGAUGUGCGACCGGCAAGAGGAGCAAGCCAAACGCAGAUCGGCCCGAAUGACUCGGCGCGACAUCCGAUGGUACCCGAACACUUCCGAAACCAUCACGCCGAACUGGGACCGCACGUUUACGUACUCGGAUACGGACGUGACAUUUCGGGAAAGGAUAACCGGAUCUCCGUCGAAAGUCAUGUCGACUGUAAUUCAACUGCCGACGAUAUUCAACGAUAAGACAACUUCAAGGGACAAGUACAUCGUGAAGUGGUUGCACUCGGUUCCGGAUAACAAUCCGUACGCGAAUAGCCGGAGUAAUAGUCGAAUGGACCGGAAACUCGGUACACCGAUGUCGCUCAAAACAGUCGAUUCUUAUUUCAUUGAUACUAGUAUAAAUGCAAAGCCAUCAUCAUAUUCUCCAUGAGAUUUGUACCGGUAGGAUAAAACACGGACUUUAGGAUACAGCUGACUUUAUAUAGGGUAUAAAUCUCGGAAUAUCUUCGGCUCCCACUGCCAUACAUUCAGCGAACUCUUGCACCCUUUCAAUUUUUUUUCCAUCUUACUGAAGAAACUAUUGGUGCAUGUUUAAAAUGACUGAGGCUCCUUCGCAGCAUGAUUCUUAUUGAUAACAACAUGAGAGUAUUUUUAAUUCAGAGUCAAAUUAUUAAUUAUAAUUGAAUUAAACUUUGUUGUUGAAGAUUUUAAACACUGGGCGUUGUGGCGUUCGCCUGUAAUCCGGUUAUGUGGGGGGGAAGUUACAAAUUGAUGCAGAGGUUCGAGCCCCGGUCACGUCUUUCGGAUGGUGACGUUAAAGGUCGGUCCAAGACGUAAAUAAUCAUAUCUGAUUGAUACACGUCUGACAAAACUCAAAUACACACGCAUACACACAUAGAAUUAGAAGCCUACUCCCAAAACAGUCUGCAGAAUUACAAUAUUAAUUUGUCGUACCAUGUAAAGUUUAUCUGUUGAGAGGUGCAUGGUCAUAUCAACCUCAAUGAAUCUGCUCCGAAAGUUCACUUUCUUGCUCUACACAGUUAAAACGCAGUUUAGAAUUUUAUAUAACGAUGUUUAUACAAAAAUAGGUGUUUGAAAUUUUGAAUUAAACAUCAAAAAAUUAAAUUUUGUUGUUGAAGAUUUUAACACUUGUUAAGCCGUUUAAACAACAAACUACUUUAAGGUUCAUAUUAGGUAAAUAUCAUUGUAUAAAAUACAAACAGCGUUUUUACUAUGAAACAUAUCGCACCAUUAAUUUUUCUGCUCAAUUAGAUCGAUUAAUGUAAUUACUUGUCGAAAAUUGUUUCAGUUAUGCUUCGUCUAUUCUAUGUUACUUUGUUAGUUUGUAGACAUGGGACCGCCAAGGGGGAGGGGGCAGUUGCCACCUCCCAAAGUUUUGCAAACCUACUAUUCUCACAUAAUUAUGACGUUUCAUCAAAAAUUGUAAUUAUGUUCAGUGUGCACCAAAUUAUCAACCUUAACAUGCCCCUCAAAUCCCCCCCCCAAAAAAAAAAAGCUUUUUAACUAUGUGAGGGAGUGAAGUGGAUAAGCAUACUCAGGUUUUGGAACAUUCUGCGUAUUUGUGCCUCCCCACUGAAAUGCAUAAGCAUGCAUGGCCUUUGAUAUGCUGAUUCAGUGAGUUAUAGGGUUAAAGACAUGCAUGUAUCCUCGGCCAUGGGGUCUGGUUUUGGGCAGAACAAAUCCUGAAACAUGAAACAAAUUGGGACUAUUCUUCUGCAUGUUUGUACUCUUAUUUUAUUGUUCAGAAUAUUCCAGCCAAUGUUGUUGCUCAUAAGUAUAAGCCUAUAGGCUAUAUACAUGAAAAUGAUGGACAGAAUAAGACAAGAAGGAUGAGAAUUGCUAUGUUCAUGGUUAACAAUUUUGCCUCGUUGUAUUAUAGCAAUAAACACGAAGUGUACACAUAACUUAGAGGUAUUGAAUUAUAUAAGCGAUAUGUUAUUAGCUCUAUAAAAUAUCAAAAAUACAUACUCAUCGUGGUAUAGCUAAUUAUUAAUCGUGUUCUCAUCAUUAAUUGUUUAGAAGGACUGCAAAAACUAAUGCUCAUUCCCUAAUGCCUAAACUUGUACUCCAUUAUUCUAUGCAAUAUCAAUAUAUACUCUCUUUUUUGGUCAAUAAAGUGCUUAAUUG